UUUAAAAUCGAUUCUAAAGUAGGUUAUAACAUAUACCGUAUAACCGAUGAGGUCACGGGUAAAAAUAGUAAUGCCCACGUAAAAGACUUAAAAACGUUCAUUCGUUAAUGCUACUGGUGGUGAAGGUACUGGCUAGCUGGUUAGUAAACUGCUUUGCAUGAUGCUUGUUUUGUGUGGCUUUCAGGUAAUACCUGUGGUUAAGAAUGAAGGGUCUGAGAAAACUAAUCACGGUUAACCAAACCGAAAUCGAUGUUUUAGCGGCGAAAGACACAUUGAUGAACGACGUCGUCAUUGAGGCCUACUUGCGAAUUAUAGAGAGACGGAAUUGGUACCACAAAGUGUGUCUUCCAUCGAUCUAUAUGUUCGAUACGUUCUUCUUCAAGGACUGGAAGGAGAAAAGAUACCAGGCGGUCAAUAACCGGUUUAAGAAAGAAGAUAUCUUUCAAAACGAUAUGUUAUUCGUUCCCGUACACCUCCCAGACCGUGGUAGCAGGGGACACUGGAUCUUAAUCGUGGUGAUGGUCGAAGAAAAUACAAUCACCGCGUACGACUCUUGCGGAUGGAAUAACGAAGCGGAGAGAGGGACAGUGCGAGAUUUCCUGACAUACGAGGCCACGAGAAGGAACCGGAAGGUAGAGGCAUGGAAAACGGUAGACGCACCCAAGAAUAUCCCUCGACAAGAGAACUCGUACGAUUGCGGCGCCUUCGUGUGUAUGUAUGCGGAGGUGCUGUCAAGGAAGGCACGAUUAGAAGAAAAAAAAGCGAGUGGAAAAUCGAUCCGGAAGAACAUCGCUUCGGUUCUCCGAGCGGGACGUGUUGGCGUCGAGGACUUUCGUUACACACCGAGCCGGGCGAUAUAG